AUGGAGACUUCAAAAUUUGUUAAACAAUUAUCCUCGAACAAUAGAAAUACAAGAGAAAAUGCACUUGAGGCGUUAAAGAAAUAUCUAACCGCUAAACAAUUUAAAGAAAACAAACAGUUGCAAUUCAAUAAACUUUGGAAAGGUCUCUACUAUGCCAUGUGGUUUAGUGAUCGUCCCAGACCGCAACAACGUUUAGCAAACGAAUUAGGUGAAUUGCAUGAACUAUAUUUUGACCCUAAGGAUAAUAACAAUACAGGAAACUUGACCAUAAACGAUAAGGCAUUUAUCAAGUUCAGUAGAGGGUUCUGGAAGGUAAUGUGUUUCGAGUGGUUUAACAUCGAUAGAUAUAGAUUGGAUAAGUAUUUGCUGUUGAUAAGAAGGGUAUUAUUCAACCAGUUAAAAUAUUUGCAGUCCAGAAACUGGGAUGAAAGAUUAGUCGACGAAUAUAUUACCAAGGUAUUAAGGUGGUUACCUCUCAGUGGGAGCCCAAAGGUUUACACAGGGAUUCCAAUUCAUAUUGUCGAUAUUCUAUUGGACGAAUGGGAGAGAUUGUUGAAAGAGGGACCCGAAGACGAGGACGAUGAGGACGAAGAAAAGAAAGAGGAAGAGCUACGUAAGGUUGCAGAAAGUGCAAAAAAAACACCACUGGCCGAUGUUAUUACUAUUUUCCAAGAUAUUGUGGCAGAUUAUAACAAUAGCAAGGUGUUAAGAGAAAAAAUCAAAGAAGACCUAUUCAGUGACACUAGACUUGUUUCAUGGGGUGUUAUCCAAGGCAAAACACCCGAGAAUGACUCUAGCGACGAAUCCGAAGACGAAGAAGCUGAAGAAUGGGAAGGGUUCUAA